AUGAUGGGUAUCACUCAUUUGGUAUCUGAUAAUGAUACCGUCAAUAGACAAAAUUACUCACAUAAUCACAAUGACGGAGAUCAGUGUUUUUACCCAUCGCAAGAUUAUCAAAGACAACAUCAGCAACAGCAACAGUCAUCAGCCACAUAUUCCUCUACUUAUUCGGUAACUGGAAAGAAAUAUUCGCACAAUAACAGCACAAAUCAGGGAAAUCAUGGAUUUCGUUCUACCCUGGAUAUAUUUUCAAAUCAAGUACAAUUACCUCCAAACACGGGGCCAGCAGGAACAGUUGCAGUCACAAACGGUUCAAACUCAACCAAUAAUAAGAACUUGAGCCAUGUUCCAUGUAAAUUUUUUAAACAAGGGGUAUGUCAAGCUGGUAAUUCGUGCCCCUUCAGCCACAAUUUAGAAGGUGCUUUGGGUGCUGAUAAAUUGCCGUGCAAAUAUUUUCAAAAAGGUAAUUGCAAGUUUGGGUUGAAAUGUGCCUUAGCCCAUUUUUUACCAGACGGUACACGAGUGAAUUCAAAAAGCUUUUUACAAUUGAACGGUAAUGGCAAACCAAAUAACCAUAGAGGAUCUUUUGGUUCCUAUACUGCAUCUUCAUACCCAAUUGAUUAUUCACCUCCAGAAUAUGAAAAAUCGUUUGUGGAUGCAAAUAAUAACGGAAUCGAAUCGUCUCCCUCGAAUACCGUUUUUGCAACACAAAACAGUAAAACUACCAGUUUUAUAAACAUCGGUAAUGGGACUUCGCUGCUGUUGCAACAGCAAUACCAGCAACCAAUAUCAUUGUCUCUGGUUCCCCAAGAAAGUCUUGAUAGGUCACGUUCGUUCAAUAGAAGCAAUAGCUUACAGAACAUUCCUCAGCCAGACAAUACACCUUCUUCACCAUAUUCUCAGCAACCAAAAAUUCUGCAUCAACGACUGCUCCUGAUGCAACAUCAUCCUAGUAUAUUUUUGGUAUCCAAUUCUUUUAAUAAUGGGCUUUCAAAUGCUUCUAAUGGAUUUAGCUUUCGAUCAAACCCACCUCUCGGAAGAUCAAAUUCAAUUAGUUUGAGUAAUAACGAUGAUGACCAUAUACCAGUUCAAUAUUUUACUCAUAAUGCCAAUGUCCAAGCGUCGCCACAGGAAACUCAUUCUGCAACGACACCAACCUCAAGAUUCUCAUUCAAUUCAAGGCUUUCGUCUCAACAGUUUAUUCAACAACAACAACAACAACAACAACUGCUGCUGCAACAGCAACAAGGUCAUGGGUAUUAUUAUACCGAAUCCAGUAGUUCCGCAAUAGUAGAUGAUGAUGAUUAUCCAGCUGCUAAAAAUGAAUUCAUGUUUGAAGAAGAUUUCAUACCUGGUUCUUUAAGUGAUGUUAUACUUACACCACAAGAAUUAAAACGUCGUGAUUCCAGAUCUCAAAGUGGAAACUUGAACGUGCGUCCUAGUUUGAACAAUUUAUUCGAAUCACAAACGCAACCUACUCAUGAUAAUGGUAAUGUAUUUUUAAUGGAUUGA